ACGUUUGGCGGAGAAACUUGUUUAUUCCUAUUAAAAAGAGAAGGAAAGGAAGCAAGAGGUCCUUGAAUUUAGGUGUUGGCUUGUCCCAUUCAAACCCAAACGAAGCCUCGUAUCCAACUCUCUCUUCAUUUCUCCACUAAAAAAACCAUAACUUCGUUACACUGAGUCCCCCUGUACUUGGUCACUGCUGGUCUCCUCCAUCGCAGCCCCUUCUUGUCGCCAGAGUUACAACCCCGGGACAAAGCGUAGGCAUGGAAGCACCCGAGUAUUUCCAGGGCAGCUUUUGCUCCCAAUUCUCGUCCUCCGAUGCCAAGACCGACCAUUUCAUCGUGGAGGACCUCCUCGACUUCUCCCACGACGACGCUAUCAUUGCCGACGUCCCUGCCUUCGACUCCCUUCCCACCGAUUCCUCCAUUCUAAUUAACUCCAUCGAUAGCUCCAAUUGCUCUCCCUUCUCCGGCUACGGCCCCGGUUUCACCCCAGACAUUCCUUCUCGAAAUUUACCCGACCCGUGCUUCUCCACCGACCUCUGCGUCCCGAGUAAUGAUAUGGCGGAGCUGGAAUGGCUCUCGAACAUCGCGGAGGAAUCAUUCUCGAGCGAGGACCUGCAGAAACUGGAGCUGAUAUCGGGCAUGAAAGCCCGAAACGAAGAAUCAUCAGAAAGCCGUGAAUUGCAGCACCACGAAGAAACCAGCCGGGAAAACGUCAUAUUCAACCGCCAAGUCUCGGUUCCGGCGAAGGCUCGCAGCAAGAGAUCCCGCGGGCCCCCAUGCAACUGGACGUCUCGCCUCCUCGUUCUUUCUCCCACAUCAUCCUCUUCCGAACCCACGUUGUUUCCCACCCAGCCAGGAAAGAAGCCGGGAAAGUCGGGAACCAGGAAAAAGGAGAACGGCGAUGACGGGGAGGGGCGGAAAUGCCUACAUUGCGCGACAGAUAAGACGCCGCAGUGGAGGACGGGACCGAUGGGCCCGAAAACGCUGUGCAAUGCUUGUGGGGUGAGGUACAAGUCGGGGAGGUUGGUGCCGGAGUACAGGCCUGCGGCGAGUCCGACGUUCGUGCUGACCAAGCACUCGAACUCGCACCGGAAGGUGCUGGAGCUCCGAAGACAGAAGGAGAUGAUGGGCGCCCACCAGCAGCAGCAGCGGCAGCUGUUUCUGCGACAUCAAAACAUGGUGUUCGAUGUGUCCAACGGCGACGAUUACUCGAUCAACCAACAGGUGGGCCCCGAUAUCAGGCAGCUCAUCUAGAAAAAGUGCUAGACUAGGACAUCUUCCCUGGACAUUCAGGUUAAAUUAGCUAUCACACGAGAGUUUACUGGACACUUUCCUUAUUUCCGGCCCCGUCUAGCAUUUAAUUAGAUUUGCAAGGGAUUAUUUUUUUCCUUCCCUAAGUAACUUAUAACUUUUUUUUUUGCGUUUUUUUUUUCCAGUUUGUGUAGAUUGAUAUAAUUAAUGUUAAUUUCUUUAUCAUGCAUGUCCUCGUUCAGGCCAAUCUUGGCAUAGUCCGUCGAACUCCAAA